UAAACUAGAUCAGAUCUUUCAGUUUCAUCGCAGUUGUGGCCAGUACAACUGCUCGAAUAAGCUUCCUCAAAAAAAGAACAUCGGAAGCUAAAAACGGGGCUGAAGUGUUUGUUUUGUGUAAAUUUAAUUGAGAAGAAGCAAAAAAAAAAGUCAAGAUCAUUGACACACAGAACUUUUUUGAUUGGAUUAUCCAUUCGGUGCAAGUAUAUCAAACUGAAGAUGCACUUUAAUAUGAUGACGCGUUUUUGUAUGAUCAGCAUUAUUUGCGUCUUGCAAAUUGCUAUCACAUCAGUCAAGUGCAGCGGAUUCUAUUCAGUAAUUGCACCCGGUACCCUAAGAUCAAAAUCCGACUACCAUGUAACAGCUUCUCUCCAUGAUGCACCAUCGCCAUGUAAAAUCAAAGUCGGACUUAUCGGACCCGAAUACUAUGUCUCACAAACUAUAGAAAUUCAGCCACGUUCGUCAAAGUCUAUUAGAUUUGAAGUUCCAAAAAUCAAAGAUGGUUUCUAUAAUUUAUUUGCUGAAGGAAUAUCCGGAAUUGAAUUUAAAAAUUCAUCUCGACUUAACUAUGCUGGUGAACAUUUGUCAAUUUUCAUACAAACUGACAAAGAAAUCUACAAACCUGGCGAUGAGGUUAAGUAUCGGGUUUUGGUUUUGGACAAAAAUAUGCAUCCAGUUAAUAUUCAACAAAUUGGAAUUCAAAUAUUUGACGGAAACCAAAAUCGCAUUACACAUUUCAACUCACCAGCUUUGAUCAAAAGUGCAACAAUGAGUACACUUCAGCUUUCAACAAGUCCAGUAUUGGGUACUUGGAGUAUUGAGGUUAAUGCUGACGAUACGGUUAAGACUAAGUACUUCAAAGUUGAGAAGUAUGUUCAGCCAAAGUUUGAAGUUCUACUUGAAGCUCCAACGAAUGUGGUGAUUUCUGAAGGAAAAAUUGGAGUCACUAUUGAGUCAAAGUACACUCAUGGAAAACAAGUAAAAGGCAGAGCUCUUGUAACAGUCAAGCCUUCCUACUACUACUAUGGUGACGAUCCUGAUCUACCACACACCGAAAAGAUACUUCCUUUCGAUGGAAAGACUUUCGUUGAGUUUGAUAUUUUAGGUGAUUUGCAGAUAACCAAACGAAACUAUGUCCCUCAAUUGACAAUUGUGGCUAUUGUUGAAGAAGAAUUGACAGAAUUACAACACAAUGCUACAGCUACUGUCAAUAUCCAUCGUGAAAAGUAUCAAAUUCAAAGUGUUAAUCCUCCGCCGAAUAAAUAUCAUCCUCGAAAGCCUGUCACGUUCAAUCUUGUUGUGAAAAAUCUAGAUGGCACUGCUGUCAAAGAUACAGAAAAUCCUCUCACUCUUAGUUUUGGUCCAACCAAUGAUCGGCCUGAAGAUGAUCCGGAGACAAUUACUACAGCAGCGCCACCUAGUCGAACAACAACAUUAACAACCUACUUGGACAGCAAUGGAACUGCAAAUUUUGAGGUUAAUUUAUCAGAUGGAGGUUCAAAUCCAUAUUUUGUACGGGCCAGUUAUUUGGAUUCGACUUCUUAUGUGACGUCUUUGACAAAAGUUCAGAGGGCAAAUACUGACAAACAUUUGAAAAUUACCGUACAAACGAGAAAUCCAACUUUGGGUAAGGACAUUUCGAUUAAGGUUGCAAAUGGCAAGUCUAUUCCAUACUUUGUCUACACAAUUAUUGGACGUGGAGAUAUAAUCCAAAGUAAAAUUAUCAAAUUUCAGAAAAAUCGAAAAUAUCAUUUUUUCAAAAUAACACCUACGAUUGAAAUGUUUCCACGAUUCACUCUUUUUGUGCACUAUGUUGUGGGAAAUGAUUUUCAUCAUUCUGAAGAAGUUAUUGAGAUUCAAAAAACUUUUGAAAAUUCAAUUUCUAUGGGUGUUCCAAAUCAAGUCAAACCUGGAGAAGAAAUCAAUAUAACCGUUAAUACAAGACCAGAUUCUUAUGUUGCUCUACUCGGAGUUGAUCGAAGUGUUUAUCAGCCAAAAACUGGAAAUGGAUUGAGCAAAGCAACCAUUUUUCAUGAUUUGAAUCGAUAUGAUGCUCGAACUCCAUGGUCGUUUGGUUAUGGUCAAUAUCCGGGACGACAAGCUGGUUUAGUAACAUUGACUAAUGCGAAUUUUGUAUUUCCUCGAAAUGUACCAAAUGAUUCCAUUGGCAAUUAUUACGAAGACGGUUCUAGUUUAGAAUCAGAACUGGAACCACCUGCUAGAAAGGAGGUUCCCGAAACUUGGAUAUGGGAAAAUGAGGAAAACAAAAAUGGAACUGGAAUGAAUUUUAAGCUAAAAGUUCCCGAAGCAAUUACUUCUUGGAUUGUUUCCUUGGUAUCACUCAAUUCAAGAACUGGUCUUGCACUCAUCGAGGAACCAAAGACAAUAAGAGUUUUUAAACCAUUCCUUGUAUCAUCGAAUUUGCCAUAUUCGAUUAAAAAAGGUGAAAUUAUUGCCGUUCCAGUUGAAAUAUCAAAUUUCUUUGCUGAUGAUCUAGAAGUCGAAGUAACUUUACAAAAUUCCGACAACGAUUUUGACGUAAUCGAUGUUGUUAACGAAAUAAUGGAAGAAGCUAAUUGUACCAAAUACAUUUCAAUACCAUCGAACAGUACCAUCGCUAUUACAUUUUUGAUUAAUCCAAAUAAAAUUGGUGAUAUAUCAUUAAAUAUCACAGCCAACUCCCCCUUAGCCAGUGAUAAAAUCCAUCAAAUCCUUCGAGUUGAACCUGAAGGUAUUAAAAUCAAUGUGAACAAAGCAGUUUUCAUGUACUUGAUGGAAUACAAUGAAAAAACUGUAAAUUUCGACAUUGAAUUGCCAGAAAAUGUUGUUCCUGAUUCGGAAUCAAUCGAGUUAUCAGUUGUUGGUGAUAUUGUUGGUUCCUUUAUCAACAAGUUUGAUCAACAAGAAAUGAUGCCAGAUGGAUGUGCUGAAGAAAAUAUGGUUUUCUUUGUAACGAACGUUUUAAUAAUAAAUUACUUGAAGCAGGUUCAUACAAUGUUUCAUAGAGAUUAUUUCGAAAACCGUCCGACUCGAAGUUAUGAUCAAGACUUCAUCGACAAACGUACAAAACUUCUUCAACUUGGCUACCAACGUGAAUUACAAUUCAAACAUGAUGACGGUUCUUAUAGUGCUUUUGGCAAAUCCGACCCCUCAGGAAGUACCUGGUUAACAGCUUUUAUUAUCCGAUCAUUUCUACGAGCUUUGCCUUAUAUUGAUAUCCAUCCAAAAGUUAUUGAAUCCGGUUUACGGUUCUUGGAUAGAAAACAAACUUUCUUCGGAGAUUUCCGCGAAGAUGGCAAACCUACUGAUAGCUUGGCCAAAGAUGACACAAUUGGUUUGACAAGUUUUGUAUUGCUGACAUUUUUGGAGAACAAGGAAUAUGCUAAGCAAUAUGAAGAUACCAUCGAAAAGGGCUUCCAAUACAUUGCUGCUGAACAAGCAAACACAAAUGAUGGUUACACUUUGGCACUGGCAACUUACGCACUCGGCACGGGCACCCGCUUUAAGCACGCUGAAAUUGUCAUCACGAGAAUAAUCAAUACUUAUGAGCUAGCAAAUGAUGACACACAAUGGUGGAAAAGAACAACGGAUGUUGGACAUUCUUCGUAUAUUCCAAGUUCGGUAGAUGUGGAAAUGACUGGGUACAUGGUCAAGUCGUUAUUGUUCAAGGGAUCACCUAAACUGGUUUUACCAAAUAUUCGAUGGCUUUUAUCACAACAAACUGAAGAUGGACGAUUUUCUUCAAGCCAGGGUACUGUGGUUGCCCUCGAAGCUUUAUUUAAGUUUGCUGAUAGAUCUGCCGCUACUGAGGGAACUAUUGAUUUCGAAUAUACUGAUGGCAAAGAUUUUUCUGGUUCAGCAAAAAUCAAGCUUGAAGAAUCCGAGUUUGCUUUGAAGAUGGAAACACAUGUGGUUCCCAACACCGUACAACAUUUGCAGGUUACUGCUAAAGGAAAUGGUUCAUCUUUAGCUCAACUUACCUACCAUUAUAAUUUAGCUGAAGCCAGUAUUGAUCCUUGGUUUAACAUAACCACCAAUAUCAAGGAUUCUCUUAGAGAUCAAUUAGCUUUGGAUGCUUGUUUGCAUUUUAUUCCUCGAUAUGGUUUGAAAGAAUCUAAUAUGGCAAUACUGGAAGUAUCAUUACCAUCAGGAUAUAUUGCUGAUGCUGAUAGUUUUGAUCAUAUUAGAGAAGUUCAUGGAGUUCAGCGUGUUGGAACGAAAAAUUCACAAAGUAUUGUUAUUGUAUAUUUUUACAAUUUAAAUGCCAAACAACAUUGUGUUCCAAUUAAUGCUGUAAAAUCUCAUGCUGUUGCAAAUCUUAAGCCUACACCGAUUGUGGCUUAUGAUUUUUAUGACAAUGAUAAACGUUCUGUGAAUUUCUAUGAAGUCAAAUCGUUGCUUUGUGAUCUUUGCCAAGGUUCGGAUUGUGGAGAGAAUUGUCUUUUGAAAAAAAAGUAAUAAUUUUGAAUUUUAUUAUAAAUUGUAU